CUCAACUACUCAACCGCGUCACGGACCUCCUUGCUACUUGUAUUGCGCAGCAGGAGGAUAUCCAUUCGCUCGACCACACCAACCAGGUGCAACAACAGUCCAUGGACAAGAUGCUCCAGCACAUCCAGCAGCUGGAGCAGCAGCUUGCUACCGCCAACUCCGGCGCCGGUCCUUCCGACCUCGUCGACCGCGUCAACGUUUUGGAGAUUGACAUGGGAGUACUCAAGACCGGGGCGCAACAUGUUUGCACCGCCGCCGGCUACAGCUCGACGCCACGGGAAUCCAUUGUCAAAUUUGACGGGCUUCCGAUGUUCUGUGACUCAUCGAAGACGGACCCCAUACCGUGGUGGCGUCAGUUCGAACUCAAGCUGGACCUUCACCACGUGAUCGACACAAACAGGCAUGCAUAUCUGUACUCCCGUUCGGGAGGAGCGUGCCAAGCAUGGCUGGAUAACAUGCUGUCUGCACAUGCCUGUACAGUCACCGAACUGCACAAGUACAUCAGCUGGGCAGAUCUCACGGCGGCGUGGAAGAAGCGUUUCCAAGUCGAACCGCCGGAGCACCUCGCGAUGGACAAGUUGCUGACGUUUUCGCAGAACAAUCUGCCAAGCGGUGAUUGGAUUUCUGAGUUCCAACGCCUGGCUAGCACGCCCAAGUUGCCGAUGAACUUCGACGGCAUCAAGCUGUACUUCAUCAAGCGGCCGUGCCCGGCAUUGCAGAACGCAUUGACUCACGUCGCGGACACCCUCACCACAAGUGAGGAGCUCUUCAACAAGGCUGCGCAGAUCAUUGUCACGAAUCUGGCCGCCCGCAACACGAGCCCUUCGUCAUCUGCCGGCCAGGGCACKCAUCAGCAUCGGCCCAAGGUGGCCGUGGUCGCAGCAGCAACGCCUAGCGACCCUUCAACUUCUUCGAACGAGGCUGCUUCAUCUGAUCAGGGAGACAGACUAGCAGCUGCCCAGAAUGGUGGCCGCCCCGCCAAAGGACGAGGACGCGACAAGCCGAAGACAACCACCAAUACUUCUUCUGGGCCCGGACAGGCAGCUCAAGAACAAGGCCCUUGGACAACAUACGGUUUCCAAUUCUCAAGCACGGACUUGUCUUCCGACUCCCGGGUGGUGCGGUUGCUCGACGAAUUCGCCGACGUCUUCGAGUCACCUACCGGCGUGAUGCCGGAUCGGCCGAUCUCACACGAAAUCAUUCUUGAGGCCGGUGCCGUGCCGCCAAAAGGUUGCAUCUAUCGCAUGAGCGAGGAGGAACUUACAGUACUCCGCGCGCAGCUCGACGACUUAUUGGACAAAGGCUGGAUCCGGCCUAGUAGUUUACCCUACGGUGCGCUUGUUCUCUUCGUUCGGAAGAAGAACAAGGACCUUCGCUUAUGCAUCGAUUACCUCAAGCUCAAUGCGCAAACCGUCAAGAACGCGGGACCUCUUCCUCGUAUCGACGACCUCUUGGAGCGCUUGGGCGGCGCAAAGUUCUUCUCCAAACUGGACUUGAAGUCGGGAUACCAUCAAAUCUCGAUUUGGCCGCAAGAUCGCUACAAGACCGCGUUCAAGACACGGUAUGGGCACUUCGAGUGGGUCGUGAUGCCUUUCGGACUCACCAACGCCCCGGCGACUUUUCAAGCGGCGAUGACCAACGAGUUCCGCGCAAUGUUGGACCGGUUCGUGCUGGUCUACUUGGACGACAUUCUCGUCUAUAGCCGAACCUUGGAGGAACAUCUGGAUCAUCUUCGACGAGUGUUGGAGAGACUCCGGCGUGCCAAGUUCAAAGCCAACCGCGACCAGUGCGAGUUCGUGCGGUACUCGAAGAUCGCGGCUCACUUGACCAAGCUUCAAUGCGAGGACCGACCGUUUGACUUCGGGACGAACGCGCGGGAAUCAUUCUUGGCCCUCAAGGCCGCCUUGCUUUCCCCGGAGGUAUUGCGGAUUUACGACCCGCUCUUGCCAACACUCGUCACCACGGAUGCGUCUGGCUAUGGCAUUGGUGUCGUCCUCGAGCAACAUGACGACGUGGAUUGGCACCCGGUCGAAUACUUCAGCAAGAAGGUGCCGCCCGUGCACUCCAUUGAUGAUGCACGCAAGAAGGAACUUCUCGCCUUCGUUCACACACUCAAGCGAUGGCGACACUUCCUCCUCGGUCGACGCCAGUUCCGAUGGGUAACGGACAACAAUCCGUUGGUCUUCUACAAGUCUCAAGACACCGUCAACAGCACCAUCGCCCGUUGGAUGGCCUUCCUCGACCAAUUCGACUUCUUUCCCGAUCACAUUCCGGGGAAGUCGAACCGUUUCGCGGAUGCCCUUUCCCGACGUCCGGACCACUGCACCGCGGUCUACUCGACCUUCGAGAUCGAGGACGACUUGCGGGACGGCUUCAUCCGCGGCUAUCAAGCCGACCCCGAGUUUCGCGACAAGUACGCAAAUUGUUCCUCUCCCAAUCCGGCGCCGUCGCACUAUCGGAUCCAAGAGGGAUACUUGCUUCUUCACUCGCGGGGGAAGGAUCUACUUUGUGUGCCGCAAGAUUCACACUUGCGCACGUGGCUUCUUGGCGAGUUCCACGRCGCCCCCGCCACCGGACACUUUGGCGUCAAUCGCACGAUUGGCCGACUCCACGAGCGCUUUUGGUGGCCCGGUCUCCUCGACGACGUCACGCGCUACUGCAAGUCAUGCGAAGUUUGCCGACGUUGCAAACCUCGCAAUCAUCGUCCGUACGGCGAGUUGCGACCAUUACCGGUCCCCUUGCGCCGAAGCGAAGCGAUUGCCAUGGACAUUACCGGGCCGUUCCCCAAGCACAAGACGGGCAUGGAUGGGAUUCUCACGGUGGUUGACCGACUCACCAAGUUCGCCAUGUUUUUGCCUUGCCGUUACCAUGCCAAGGCACCGGAAUUGGCCGAGGUUCUCUACGCCGGUUGGAUUCGAACCAAGGGUUACCCCAAGGAAAUCGUUUGCGACCGCGACACUCGGUUCAUGUCCGACUUUUGGUUGGCGCUCAUCAAGCGAUGGGGCUCUUCCCUCAAGCCAAGUUCAGCUCGCCACCCCCAAACCGAUGGCCAAACGGAGAGGGCACAUCAGACCGCACAGGUCCUCCUUCGCACUCUCAUUCGUCCCGACCAAAAGGAUUGGGUCGAGCGGCUGCCGGAUGUUGAGUUGGCUUACAACUCGUCUAUCCAUCCGGCUAUCGGGAUGUCACCGUUCGAGCUUGAGCAUGGCUCGCCGGUCAACUCUCCGAUGGACACAAUCAUGCCACGGACGACCGAGAGCGACGACCACCUUCUCUUCAUUCAUCGGAUGCAAGAGCUUCUUGUCAAGGCACGCGAUCAGAUGUCGAAGACGCAGCAACGUAUGCGCCAACAGGCCAACCGCCAGCGUCUUCCUUGUCCAUUCCGUGACGGCGACCUCGUAUGGGUUUCCGCUGCGGAAUUCAGCCUCGAGCAAGAUAUCUCUCGCAAGCUCCUUCCGAAAUGGAUGGGGCCCUGGCCGAUCUUGGCACCCGCCGGCGACGCACCCGAAGGCCCUUCGUUUAUCAUUCAGGUGCCCGAACACUUGCCCGUCAACCCGGUCUUUCACUGUUCAAAGUUGGCUCCCUACACGCCAGCCGAACUUGACGACUUCCCCGGGCGACGAUCGCAAGACCCGCCCUCAAUGGACGGCUUCCAAGAGAUCGGCAACAUCAUAUCCCACCAACGACAUGGCAACAAACCGACCGAAUUCUUGGUUCACUUUGCAUAUUGCACGCAUAGAGCUGACCGAUGGCUGACUCGUGCGGAACUUCAAGCAACAGCGCCCGAUGCUCUCGCACGCUAUGAGCAGAAACUUAAAGGCAAGCCGGCACCUUCGGCUCCCCGACGCACACGCGUCCAAGUACCGCCUUCGGAUCGACAGCUUCGCCCCCGACCGGCUUGACUUUAUAAGUAGGGGGGGGUGUUACAUGCCGAGCCUGACACACG